AUGCAAUUCCCAAACACUCAAGUCGUUUUCAAGACCAUUCUGGUCAUAACCGCCAGCCAGACUCCAGCUAUCCCUAAGACCCUUUUCCUCGGAACGGGAAAUCCCGAGGAAAGCGAAGUCGACAAAGAAAGUACUACAUUUGGAUCCGACUCACCUAUGAAUUCAGUUCAAUGGGAAACGGAUUCUGAAUUAGAUCCCCUUUUGGAGAAAGCCCAGCAAGGAUUCCAGAAAUGUGACGGAAUCAGAUCAGAUAUUUUAAUGUGUGGGAAGGAAGUAUUUGACCUGGCCUAUGGAUGCCCAAGUGAUUCCAGCUCGGACCUACCCACAACUUCUUCUUCAAGUGAUCAGCCCAUGGGUAGUGCUGCUGCUAAAUGGAAUUACCGAAACCGGUCCGUUUCCGCUCCCAUUCCGGACAAACCUGAAUUCCCGCUUCCCAAUUUAAAACCGGCAUCACCCAUACUCAAUCAUGACAAUGCUGAACCUGUUUUUGAGUUCACCCCACGUACUCAAGUAGGAGUAUCCCCCGCAUUUUCAGCUUUACUUAAAGAAAAGAUGCGGAGUGAUUAUAAUCAGGGAUAUCCGAAAGGGGUAAAAUUUAUUAACGUGGUAUUAAACAACCAUCUAACUCAGUUAGAAUCCGACCUGGAUAGAACUUGGAAGACAACCUGGGACUGUCUCAAUCUAGUCCAAGAUGAAAUGGAUCUCCGAGCGAAUCCGCAUUGA